GAUCGAUGGCGGAGGCGGCGGAGGCCGCUGGUGACGCUGCGGGCGACGACGCUGGCGAGGUACGCCACCUGCGCGCUGGAGAUUGCAUAGACGCCGUCUGCUAUGACGACGAGGACGAGGAUCAGGGCCAGGCAGUCUUUCGGAUCCUCGCUUUGUACGAGCCCGACGAGUGUGGCCAGUUCGCUCGUGCAGAGUUCCUGUUGUGUAAGGACCAGUACUUGCAAUGGUACGAGGAGAAUGCUGGUUCUCCUGGCGCCAGGCGCCCGAAGCGGCUGCUGCACCUCUGCCGCGAUGUGCCUGCUUCGAGGUGCUCAGCAGUUUCGGCGGCCGAUGUGGAGGUCACGCACGUCGACAGUUUCUGGGUUGUGGACUCAGUCAGGGAAAAGUACCUGUCCUUCCGCCGCAUCAACCCUGCUGCGCGGUGGCCCGCUCAGCUUGGACCGCAACCGCUGGAGGACGAGGCCGAGCCUGGCCUGGAGGUGCUGGCCGACGACGGAGAGGAAACUGACGAGUUCGGGCUCGCCGCCAAGGUCAUCGAGGAGGCGGACGCGCUGGCUGCCGGCCCUGGGCUUAUGCUGCAGCAGCGCCUGUGGCCGACGCGCCCCCUGCAGCAGGCGCUCGACCCCGUGGGACAGCUGGCGGCGCUCCUUCGUCAGCGCUUUGCCGUCUUGAAGGGCGACAUCGGCGCCGACGCCGUCGCUGGCGGCGAGCCGCUAGGUGGCAUCGAGGGCUUCGGCGUGAACGACGGUCUGGAGUUCACGCUUGGGAGGACCCUUGCUGCUUCGCGAGCGUUUUUCAGGAGGACGGCCCGUGACACUCCAGGGAAGUUGUUGACUGCGCAUCUCGCGCACCUGAAGCAGUUUCUCAGCACGAAGGGUAUGCAUGAGGUUGAGGAGGAGCUCCCUGCCAUAGUCAACAAGUUCUUACUGAACAUCUUUCUCGCAGCUCACCCUGUUUCGGCCAUUGGCGAGGGCAUGUUCAGGGAGAUGCGCACCCUCUCCGAGCCCCUGGACCUCUUAACCCAGGGCAGGCUCCUCGAGGCCAUGGGCAUGCUGAUGCAGAGGUUCACGGCGCCCCAGCUUGCUUGCAAGGACAAGCAUUGGAGGGGCGCGAGAUGGCUGGAGCUCAUUCCCCCUGACGCCGACACGGCGGCCAUCAACAUCGAGGAAGAGGAGCUCCUGAGAAAGAACGAGUACGGCGAGUUGAAGCUCGCAGAGCUCGCGGGCAAGCUCAGGCCCUCCAGGACGUUCAAGGACUUGAAGCUGCAGAACCCGAAGAAGGACAGCGAGACGCAAGGCCAGUAUCGGCAGCGCCUCGCUCGGAUCACGCGGAGCUCCGCCCCGAAGAAGCAGACGCCGCCUGCGGGGGGGGCGCUCGCAAGCAUGACUGACUUGAGGACCUGGAAGGUCAAGCUUGCUGCGGCCCUCGAGGAUGGCAUGACCCCGCUCACCUUCGUGCUGUGGCUGAUAGAGGCCAUGUUUACUCAUCCAGGAAGGGCCUGGAAGCUUACAUGUCAGAAGCCGACUGCGGCUACCGUCGAUCAAUUGGAGCCCGAGUCUAUUCGAACCUCUGCUGCGACUGCGACGGCAGAGAUGUGGGUCUUCGUCCAGGUGCUGCUCGCGAACUACCAGUACGCGGGCUCGUGCGGGGAGGAGGCGUGGGGCCACCACUCGCACUGCUCGUCCGCUCAGGUCCGCUCCAUUGCAGUCAUGCGGGAGGCCGCCUCGUACUUUCUCGAGGGCAACCUGGGCGCGGUGCAGCUGCCGCUCCUCAGCGAGAUCUCGACCAGGGCCUCCAGUGAAUACGACAUCGACAGCGGCGCGCGUGCCCUGCCACUUCGUCUCGGAGAGCUUCGACCUGGCUUGCCCGCUGCUGACGUUGCAGGUCGACUUGACCCACGUGCGCACGUCAGUCUUGAGGUGCUCGCCUGGCUGGACGCGCCGACGCUAGCCUUGCUGCCGCGUGCCCAGUGGCCCCCCGAGGUGCCUAAGGCGAGGCUCUUGGUGGACUCGCCCGCCGAGUGGGCCAAGAUCGUCGGCCACCUGUACUCGCUCGGCAUCGUGGAGGCCAUCGAGGACGAGCACAUUUUCCAGGUGAAUGAUACGCCUGUUCUCAAUGGGGCUUUUGCAGUUGAGAAGAAGGGCACCCCAGAGGCUGGAGAGGUUAGACAGUGCCGCUUCAUCACGAACAUGGUGCCAGCCAACAGCUGCCUGAAGAUCAUGACUCAGGACCUCUCGACGCUGACAGCUUCUACGUCUUGGGUUACUGUGGCGUUGGAGGGCCAGCGUGUGCUGCUCUGGUCGGGUGACGACCAGCAGGGGGCCUUCUUUGUCUGGAAGAUCCCUCGUCCCUGGCGCAGCUUUACCGCGCUCAAAGGUCGGGUUCCUGGUCGACUUGUGGGGCGCCCUGAGCUGAAGACCGUGCACGUCUGCUCAGCCGCCAUACCGAUGGGCUGGCUGCUAGCUGUUGCGUUAUUCCAAUACCUGCACAGACGACUAGGCCUGCGCCCUCCCCCUGCUGGAGCUGGCCUACCUGGCGAGGAUGAGCGGAGGAGAGACAAGCCUCUUCCCAUAGCUCAGGUGGGUAAGUGCCGCGCUUGGUUCCAGUUCUUCAUUGACGACUUCGAUGCCCCUAGGAUCGUCGACAACACGAGGAAGGAGGUCGGCAUCGAGUCUAGCUACCAGAAGCAGCAGAGGUCAUCUUACCAGCGGAACGGCGUCGCCUGGGCCGAGCAUAAGGCCCACCUCGGCGAGGUGAAGGUCGAGAGGAUGGGCGUGCUUGUGGAUGGCCUGCGGGGCCGAGUCUCGGUUCCGCUCUUGACGCUGUUCGAGGCGAUGCUGCUCGGCGCCCUGCUGAUGACCAAGGACUGGGUCUUCUGGGAGACCAUGCUAGCACUUCUGGGAAAGCUUGUCAGGGCGCUGGAGUUCAGGCGCGUGCUCUUCUGCAUCCUGAACGAGGUCUGGAAGUUCGCGGACGGCACCCACUCUGGCUGGGUCAACUCUGAAAUGACCGAGGAGAUCCUCUGCAGCAUCGGCCUCCUCCCACUCGCCUUCACGGACCUGCGUGCGGAGGUGGGCGCUAGGGCCACCUGCUCGGAUGCGUCAGAAGACGGAGGAGGUGCCUGCACAUCGCUGAAGCUCUGCCCCGAGGCCCUCGCGAAGCUGGCGGCGGCCGCCGCUGCUGGGGAGGAGGGCCGGCAGCACUUCAUGGCAGGACGGCUCCUGCUGGGCGAGGCGUCCCUCUGGCGGGCCUGGGAGUCGAGGAACCCUGGCCUGCCGCCGCCAGCUGGCGAUAAGGUGCCUGCUGUCCUAGUCAUUGGGCUCUUCGACGGGAUCGGGGGCAUGAUCGUGGCGCUUUCCAGGCUGCGCACCAAGAUCAUAUGCUACGUUUCGUCGGAGGUGGAUCCUUGUGCACGCAGAGUCGUCAGGAAGAGGUGGCCUGGCCUCAUCGACUGGGGUGACAUCCAGGACGUGGGGGUCGAGCAGAUUGACAGGUUGGUGCAGCUCUUUGGCGGCGUCGUCGACUUCGCGCACUGUGGAGCGGGCAGCCCCUGCCAAGAUCUGUCGAGGUUGAUGUUCGGCAGGAGAGGGCUGGAGGGCAAGAAGGACGUUGAGCGCAUCUCCUACGAGCUCAAGGUCACGCCCUACCUUUUCUGCAGCAGCUGCCUGGCUCCCAACAGGAGACCACGGCUGUGCCGGUCGUCCUGGCAGCUCCUGCCAUGCGAGGGCUAUCGCUACCAGAACAAGGGUCACUUCAUUGAGGUCACUGCCGACGGCGCGGAGCGCGUGGAGCUGCUCUGGGUCACCCCUGGUUGGAUUUGGAACGGUGGCGUGCUGCCAGUGCCGACCCUCGUGUGUGCUAGGCCCUCUUUGCUGCAGCCCAUUAGUCGUGCUGGGAUUGCUCGGGCCAGUCCUGAGGCGAAGGCGCGCUGGAAAAAGGUAUUCUUGGGGUUUGAUCGGGGCUACACUGAGUGCGCCGUGAAAGACGGGUCUGGCUCGAGCUCUGAGACCGCGCGUUGUUACCUGCUCGGCAACAGCUUCUCAGUCUAUGCCGUGACAUGGCUGCUGCAGCAUGCCCUGGUCGCUGACGAGUACCAGCCGCGGUUGUGGGAGACCCAAGCCCUAUGCCGCACCGGAAGGUGCAGGACGCCUUGGAACGACAACGCGGUGUACCAUCAGAGCGACAACUACCAGUACCAGUCCGAGGCGGAGCAGCUCGUGAGGCACUACCUGUCGAUUGGCGAGCGGGGAGGCACGGACGUGCGCCUGGACGUUCACCUCCCAUUCAGGCACCGAGCGUGGCCUCGCGUUUCGCUGGAGCCCAACGUCUGGGCGUGGAAGGUGAUAUCGAGCUACAGGUGGCGCGCCGGAAUCGGGAAGCACAUCGACGCUCUAGAGAUCCAGGCGGCAGUGAACACUAUCAAGUGGCGCCUGCGGUCGGGACAGGGCCGCCCCAGGCGCAUGCUGCACCUCGUCGACAGCCAGGGCGCAGCCUCGGUGCUCACGAAGGGCCGCAGCAGCAGCAGAGUCUUGCGGAUGCACGUCAAGCGCUGGGGAGCUUUAUGCUGGGCGACAGGCUGCUACGUCAUGCUUGGCUACAUCGCGUCGGAAGACAACCCAGCCGACGCGCCGCCCCGAAAGGUCUGGCAGCUAAGCUCCCAGAGGCUCUCAGAUCUCAGGGUCAGUGCGGCUACGCUCAGGAGGUACCGCAUCGCCGUCGCAGAGUUCCUCGCCUUCGCUAUCGAGGGCGGCUUCCCGCUGACUAGCUCUGCCGAGGCUGACCACGCUUUGGGCGCCUACGUGGAGGACCAGUGGGCGAACGAAGGCACACUCAGCCAGGGCCGCUACGCGCUCGCAGGCUGCCUCUUCUUCGCCCCCGAGUUGCGCACCGCCCUGCCGUUUGCGUGGUCGCUGGUCAAGACGUGGCAGAAGCUAGCGCCCAUCAACCGCGCCUACCCUGCGAGCCCCGAGAUGGCGCUCGGGCUUGCGGGCGCAGCGCUGGCCACUGGCCAGUCUUUGUUGGCAGCUUUGGUCCUUGUCACGUUUGACGCAAUGCUUGGAACCAAAGAGUUGCGAGACCUCACCUAUGAGGACAUCGCGUUCGCCGAAGGUGGAGUCAUUUUGCGGCUCUCAGAGACAAAGAUGGGCGCCAGGUCUGGCAAG